AUGGAUAAAUCACCUGAAGAAAAGCCGAAAAAAAGAAAACGGAGUUCUAGUUCAAGUUCAGGUUCAGAUUCCGAGAAAGAAAAGCGAAAGAGAAAGAAGCAGUAUAAGAAGGACAAAAGGAAGAUAAAGAAAAAGAUGAAAAAGCUUAAGAAAAAACUGAAAAGAAAGGAAAAAGAAGUAAUUAAAGACGCCGAGGAGCAGUUGGAGGUGAUUGAGGACAACAAGUCCGAUCAAGAGGAUAAGACUGAGGUGAGAUCUAUGGCGCCUAUGACAAAGGAAGAAUGGGAGAAAAGGCAGAGUGUUGUUAGGAGGGUUCUUGACGAAUCUACUGGAAGAUACAGGUUAAUUAAAGGAGACGGUGAAGUAAUUGAAGAAAUAGUAUCCAGAGACCGCCACAAGGAAAUAAAUAAACAAGCUACAAAGGGAGACGGAAAUUAUUUUCAGAGUUUCUUUAAAAAGUAA